UAUGGUGCGAUAACACUACAUGUAUUACGGUAACCAUCAGACUGCCAUUCAAGUUGCUCAGUUGUUGCGGAAGACCUGUGCGGGUUGCAAGUUUCAAGAUCCUGGAUCCUACAUACAUACAGGCAGACGACACGGCGAAUGGAAUAUGGAGUGUAUUCCAGUACCUGUUGAUGAUCUAGAGUGCAAAAAGGACGCAUUGAUAGAGGACCCAGAGCACAAUGUGUACACCAGGUUCAUGAAGUCCCACCGGUGUUAUGACCUGGUACCUACAAGCUCCAAAUUGGUCGUGUUUGAUACAUCCCUACAGGUCAAGAAGGCAUUUUUUGCUCUUGUUUCUAACGGGGUAAGAGCAGCACCUCUAUGGGACAGUAAGAAACAGUGCUUUGUUGGUAUGCUAACCAUCACAGACUUUAUAAACAUCCUUCAUCGUUACUACAAAUCUCCCUUGGUUCAGAUAUAUGAGUUGGAAGAGCACAAAAUAGAAACAUGGAGAGAGUUGUAUCUACAAGACUCUUUCAAGCCCUUGGUUAGCAUAUCUCCUAAUGCAAGCUUGUAUGAUGCAGUAUCAUCACUGCUGAAGAAUAAGAUCCACAGACUGCCUGUAAUCGACCCACUGACUGGAAACACACUUUACAUCCUCACACACAAGCGGAUUCUCAAGUUCCUGAAGCUUUUUAUAUCAGAAAUGCCGAAACCCUCGUUCUUGAGUCUAACCUUGGAGGAGCUGAACAUCGGGACAUUCCAGAAUAUAGCAGUUGUCCGCACGGACACACCGCUUUACACUGCGCUUGGUAUUUUUGUUGAGCAGCGAGUAUCAGCGCUCCCUGUUGUGGAUGACAAAGGGCGAGUGGUGGAUAUAUACUCAAAAUUUGAUGUCAUAAACCUGGCAGCAGAGAAGACAUACAACAACCUGGAUUUGACAGUGACCAAAGCCUUGCAGCACCGCUCACAGUACUUUGAAGGAGUACUGACCUGCCACAGACACGAGACUCUGGAGGCCAUCAUCAACAGACUGGUGGAGGCUGAGGUGCACAGGCUGGUGGUAGUGGAUGAACAGGAUGUCGUGAAGGGAAUCGUCUCCCUUUCAGAUAUUCUCCAGGCACUAGUGCUUACUGAUGGAGAGCAGGGCACCGCUUGAAGAAGUAACUGAAAACAAGGAAAGGCUGCACAUGUUUAAAAGGAGGUCAGAUCAAAGGUGAAAGAGAAUUAAGAUCUGAGAAGGGAAAAAUGACAGAAUAUUAAAGUCUCCUCACCAUCCAGCUUUUGUCACCAGGUUUCCUACAUUCACAUAAUAGUUCUUCCACAUCAGCAAAAAGAUGAUGUUUUAGCAUUACAGCAAUAUAGAACUGUAGAAGCACAAGACGAGAAGCUCCUGUAUGUGUAGCCAAAUUCUGAGCCAGAAAAGGAGCAGAGAGAGAGAUCAUCUGAAAGCACAAGAGGAGCUGAAGCCUCUCAUCACCCUGGCCACAAUGGCUUCUUGUGCUGAGCUGAGUAGGGAAGAACCAUUGAUUAUGACUUGAUUACAAAUGUAUCCACAAUAAUAUGAAUUAAACAAUCAGUUACUCGCUACAGAAAAAAAAAUGAUUCACCUGUUCUGCCUUUUGUUGGCUAUUAUAAGUCUAAAACUAGAUGUGUAUUAAGUGUAUGAAAAGGGUCAUUAAAGAAAUAUUAAAUUUGUCAGAACACUAGAUUGAGUUAUGACAUUUGCCUGAGCCUUAUUCUAUGCACAUUUACAUAUAAUGGUGUUUUCAGGCUUUACUCAUUUUAUUCAGUUAAAUUACAAUUUGUACGGGGUUCAUUUAGUAAAUCAUUUUCUCUGAACAACCAUCCUGUUUUGAUUUGUAACACAUUUUAGUUACUGAAGUUUUUGUCUUUGUGUGUCGUACAUGAAGUGCAGAAUAAAAAAAACAGUAAUGUGAUACGUUUGGGUGAAUAUUAUAAUAAUUUAGCUUUAUUUAUAAUUUAAACACAACACCUUGAAGACACUGUACAAGUCUGUAGUCUUUACAAAUCAGUUACAUGUAAAACACUUACUGGAUAGCACAUUAAAAAGGCCAGUUCAAAGUCCAACAAAACAUGUUCAGACUCGGGACUUGUUAAUUUUUUACAUUCUUCGAGAAUUUGAACCCACCGUUUCACUGACCUGAAGGUAUUGAGUCUGCGUCUGUCAAGUCAGACACAGUUCAAUCAAUUGACUCCAAUCAGUCCGUGAAGAAAUCGAGGCUUCAGGGUUGAAUUAGUUGUGUCAAAGUAGAAGAGCACUUCAGGCUGCUGUUCAAAGUGAAUGUUAAUAGUCCUGCGUUGUAUGUGAGUGAACAGGCUCUAGAUAAUUAAGGGUAUUAUGUUCUGCCACCUUUGUCUCUGUUGUGAAGAUGAAAAAAACAAAAGUUUAAUAGAUUUGACAUUUUCUGCCUGUUACCCACACUGCAACCUUCCCGCCCCCCUAAGAAGUGACCUGUCACUUUAAAAUCCAGGGUCAAUUUCAGAAGAUUUGUGUUCUUGUUCAUUGUUUGAUUUAUAUCUUUUUGGUGUGCUAUGUCGAUGUCAGUUACAGUCAGGACAGUUGAUAACCUAACAGGUCUAUUCAGCUGUUUGCAUUUGAACGGGACUUUUUUUCUCCCAGAACCAAUAAAUAUGAACAUUUCCUUUUUUGUUUAAGAAAAGCCAGGAACAUGUCACAUUUCCCGUUUAGCUAUAUAUGAAUUGAACAUGUACAACUAUAUGUAAACGCACAGUUUUUGUACUAAUCUGUAUCGAGAUUAUAAUAUAAAGGAUGAGCAAUAAAGAGUGUAAAUUCCUUUUCAA